GCGCGUCGCCUUUCUAUGACAACUGGUUGACAUUGGCAUGGGGAUAUUCGUGCAAGGUUGAUAUGGCACUUUUUAGACGGUUUGAGGGGGUCCUGACCCAGAUGUCAAAAAUCGCGCAACACAGGACGUUCAGCGUCUCCACGGCAGCCGCUGCCAUUCAGAAGAUGACCAGAGUGCGCGUCGUUGACAACAGUGCCCUGGGAAACACUCCGUACCAUCGUCCCCCCCGGGUCAUUCAUGUUUACACCAAGAAUGGGGUGGGAAAGGUGGGGGACAAAGUGCUACUGGCCAUCAAAGGACAGAAGAAAAAAGCGCUCAUUGUCGGACACAAGAUGCCAGGGGCGUGCAUGACUCCCCGCUUUGACUCCAACAACGUAGUCUUGAUAGAAGAGAAUGGGAACCCGACCGGGACAAGGAUCAAAGUGCCAGUGCCCUCGCACUUGCGCGGAAAGGAGGGAGAUUUUUCCAAAGUGUUGGCUAUUGCUCACAGAUUUGUGUAGACCAGUUGGGACACAGUUACAGUAUGGAACAAUCCCUGCUGUUGCUUAGAUCUGUGGAAGUUUAUUAUUUUCUAAUAAAAGUGGAGUUUGUUAAAGUAAA